AUGACUGUGCAAGAUGAAAUAACAUACUUUAAAGACCCGCAGGUGGUGCCGAUGCCGCCCCCAGAUGGCAAUCCAACUCCGGACGAUAAAUUCGUCUAUAUCGGUCGUUGUCAUCGUACGAAACGCGACAUUACAAUAUGCUACCAAACAUUUGGCAACCCACAAGACCCCUGCAUCUUACUAAUCUGCGGGCUUAGCUCGACGUGUUUCAACUUUCCAUUUGAAUUCUGCACGCGGCUGGUGGAUAUUGGUCUGUACGUUGUACGCUUUGACAACCGUGAUUAUGGUCUCUCCACGCAUAUGGACGGCCUUCCCACACUUUCGGAGGCUCGCAUCAUUGCCCCCGCGUGGAUGUCGUUCGGUGAGAAGGAGCCGCCCUACCGUAUUGAGGAGAUGGCGCUCGACGCGCUGAACCUUCUCAGCGCGCUAGGGAUCCCGAAAGCACAUAUACUGGGCACCUCCAUGGGUGGAAUGAUCGCCCAGCGCGUUGCAAUUUACCAACCCGAGCGCGUGUUGAGUUUGACAAUCGUCUUCUCCCACUGUGGCGGUCCCCAUGUGGAGCAUCCAUCCCCUCUUAAUGGUCUACUUCUUUUGUUUGGGAAACCCAAAAGCGAGUCCAUUGAAGAUGUCAUAGACUUUAAGAUGAAAACACUAAGGCUUAACUCCGGUGAUUUCCCAUUGGAUGAGAAUCAAUGCGUUCAGCUCAUCCGUGUUGUGAAUGAAAGGAUGCUUGAUUACCAAGAGGGUGCCAAUCGCCAGUUGUGGGCAAUCAGACGCUCAUCGAGUCGUGAUACAGCUCUUAAAGAGCUGUGCGGCAUCCCGACCUUGAUUAUUCACGGUUUGAAGGAUGGCUUGGUGCCAUAUAAAAAUGGUAUACACCUGGGGGAGUUGAUCAAGGGCUCGAAGGUGGUUCUCUUUCCUGGUAUGGGGCAUUCCUUGCCUAGAGAGAUACUACCUGCUAUCGUGGAAGAGCUGCAGUUGUUAAAACAACGAGCUGAGAUCGCUCCAAGAGCAUAAUGAAGACGAAAUGUAAUAGAAUAAAUAAAAAUCGCUCAGAAAGCGCUCAGGUGCUGCAAAAGAGAAAUCCUCUUGAACCAGCCGGGGUUGCGCAUACACACUCAAAAAUGUAAUUAUUAGCAUAAGCGUUUGCCUCUCACAAACACUCUUUUCGAUUGCUCUGCGAUAAAUUACUGAGCAGACCCUCGUAAAAUAUUGGAGUUUAACUACUAUUGUUCUUUA